AAGAUGAGCAUGCGCACUGACGGGACAUAAUCCGGAUGUGACGAACGAGGAGCUUCUGGAAUCAUGGAGGCGAUUGUAAACGAAACAAUUUCACCAGAAGAUCUAGUGAAGUUUGAGAAAAAGUACAAUGCAGAGCAGAAACAGGGCGCACUGUCCCGAGCGACCCAGUUCGAGUACGCCUGGUGCUUAAUCCGCAGCAGGUACUCUGCUGACAUUGUGAAAGGAGUUGUCAUUCUGGAAGAGAUUUACCCGACCGCAACUAAGGAUGAGCAGCGAGAUUACAUCUUCUAUUUGGCUGUGGGAAAUUAUCGGAUGAAGGAGUAUGAAAAAGCGCUAAAGUUCAUCCGGACUAUGCUGAAGAACGAGCCAACCAAUCAGCAGGGUUUGGAGCUGGAGAAACUCAUCAAUAAAAAGAUGCAGAGAGAUGGCCUCCUCGGCAUGGCGAUCGUUGGGGGAGCUAUCGUGGGAUUGGCUGGAAUGGCAGGCCUGAUUGGCUUGGCUGUCAGCAAGGGUAAAUCGUGACCAGUGACGAUGAAGAUCGUGUGCGUGUGUGUGGGUGGGUGUCUCGCUGAUGUUUAACGAUCACCUCAACCUUUAACAAUGAAGUCAAAUGCACAGACUGGCUGCCUGAUUUUCUAGUCUCUGUCCCGGAGCCUGGAUUCAGAUGAUUGUUGUGUUGCAUGUUUCGUAGAUGACAUUUUUUUCUAAUAUUCUAUCUGUUUUGAUUCCUUCCUGGAACAUGUGUUCAGGUAGCCUUCAAAGCAAACUGGACUAAACAUUGUACAUACUGCUUUCUAAAAUAAUAAAUACCAGCCAAACCUGUAGAAUUUCGAUAAAUGUGUCAGAGAGAAGCCUGAUGUCCAAAAUUAAACUCCCUCUAGAUUGCCCUGGGUGUGUGUGUGUAAUGAGGGCAAGGUACACCACAGGGUUAGAUACGCAGUAAAGCUCACCCUACACUCUUAAACCGCAAGUAAGGCAAACUCAGCACGAUCUCCAUCAAACGCUUCUGGGAUAUGUACAACACAGGGUUCAAUACAGAGCUUCCUUUGAACGUAAGGAAGUAAAACUACACUUUGUCCCUAGCAAACACUCCCAGGGCAGGUCAUGUGUUUGAGGGAUGUUGUGGAACUGAGGGAUCAGGUGAGAAAUACAAACUAGGAAAUGCUGCAGAAACGAGAGCAUGUGUGAAGCGAGUGCGUGCUUCAAUUCUGAUAUGAAGAGCCAGAGUAGACUAGAAGCUUUAACCGUUUCUCUGUCCACAAAUGCAGCCAGACCUGCUGAGUUUCUCCAGCACUCUUCAGUUUUUGUUUCAGAUCUCCGUCAUCUGGCGAAAAGGUGGGUUACUGACAAAGGGUGAUUGUAUUGAGAGAUUGGGUUACGUGGGAUUCAAAGAUGUAUUGGGGAAUUAAAUGAGGGAUGUACAUUGGGAAUUGACACAGUACGUGUGAAGGCGGUUUGGGGGGUUUGAUGGUGUUGAGGGGCAUUGCUGGAUAUCUUGAAGAGUGUAUGGAUAAAUGCAGAGGAGAAUUGGAAUUAGCUUUAUUGUCACAUGUACUCAAACGAGUACCAUGAAAAGUGUACAAGUUGCCACUUACGGCACCAUCUUCGGUAAAAAGGUCCCUCGGUACUGUUUUUCAGUUACUGUUCUUGGAAAAAUAGAGAAGUAAAAAAGUCCAGCUUGUAGGUUUUCGGAAUAAAUUAAAUGGUGGAGAAAAAGACUGAGGGAAGCACAUGAUUGCGGUGUAUCAAAUUGAGGGGCAUAGACAGUAACGUUUCCUCUUGGCAGAGGGUUCAAUGAUCAAGGGGGCAUACAUUUAAGUUUAAGGGACAGGAGGUUUAAAAGGGUGUGUGAGGAAACUCUUUCUCAAGAGGUUGGUGGGAGUCUGGAACUCACUGCCUGUAAGGGCGGUCGAGGCAGAACUCCUCGUAACAUUGAAGAAGCAUUUAGAUUUGCAUGUGUGAUGCUAGUGCGUGCAAGGCUACGGACCAAAUGCUGGGAAAUGGGAUCAGAAUUGUUAGACGCGUACUUGAUGGGCCAAAGAGCCUUUUUUUUACGCUGUAGAUGUUUAGGAUGUUGCAGUAGGCACCUGUAUUUCUGAUGAAGGGCUUUUGCCCGAAACGUCGAUUUUACUGCUCCUCGGAUGCUGCCUGAACUGCUGUGCUCUUCCAGCACCACUAAUCCAGAAUCUGGUUUCCAGCAUCUGCAGUCAUUGUUUUUACCUAAUUGGUGGUUAGCUGAGAUUGUAGAAUGAGAAAUCAGAGUCCUUCUAACUUGUUGAGUCUGUGCUGGUUCCCUCAAAAGCAAUCCAGCAAGUCGUCUUUCCAUGCCAUCCUUCACUAUUGUUUAUGCUUCAUGGGCCUGUCUAACUCUGUUUUCAAAUUAUGGUUGAUUCUGCCUCUGUCAGGCUCUCAGACACUGUUGUCAGUCAUUUCUUCUUGCUGCCUUUAGUUGUUCUACCAUAAAUCACCUUAUAUCAUUGUCCUCUGGUUCUAGACUUUCCACUAAUGUCAACAGUUUCUUCCCCCACUACUUUUGCCGAAGCUGCCCAGAUCUUUUAUCAAGUUCCUUCAAAUGUGCAGUCAAUGCUGUGGUGAUCUCAGGAAGUUGUGCACGUGUUUCACUCAGCUGACUGCCAUCUCCAGGGGCUUCGAAGGAAUGGAUCUACUGUUCCAUGUGACUCAAGGUCCAAGCCUAGGGAGUGAAAAAAGAAGUGAGAAAUUUGAAAUAUUUAUAUGCUGAGUUGGACUGAAAAUGUGACUUCAUGUUUAGGGAUAAAUGCAAAUGCUGGUAAUCUCAUGAGAUAGUGUUUGCUCUGCCUAUUAUUCUAACUGUAAUUAACAAUUCGUACGGACUUUAAUUAGCCUGUUGAUUCUUGUUUGACUUACAGGAAUUCUGGUGUUUAAAAUAAAAGGUACGAAAAGUGAAA